AUGGAUCAAGUUCCACCAGAAAUUCCCACAUGUGAGGAACUUAUACAACGUUACUUCAAGAGAGGGUUCAACUAUCAGAAAAUUCUUUCAUUUUUAUCGAAAUACCAUGAAAUUGAAAUGUCUCUAAGGACAUUGCAUACGAAACUUCGUGACCUAGGUCUUAAAAGGAAAAACAUUAUUUACAAUAUCGAUCACGUCCGCCGUCGUAUACAGCAAGAACUGGACGGUCUUGGUUGCUUUGGUGGGUACCGUGCUGUCUGGCACACAUUAAAAAUGGAAGGUAUUCAUGUGCCAAGAGAAGUUGUUUGUCUAGUCCUGAAGGAACCUGACCCUGAAGGUGUGUCAGAAAGAAGAUCUAAGACCCUUCGUCGUUGUGUUUAUCACACACCAGGCCCUAACCAUUCAUGGCAUGUCGAUGGAUACGAUAAACUAGAACCUUAUGAUUUUCCUGUGCAUGGAUGCAUAGAUGGUUACAGUCGCAAAGUGCUGUGGUUAAAGGUUUGUAGGACACACAAUGAUCCAGCCAUCACUGAACAACACUUUCUAAAUGCUGUUAGAGAAUAUGGGGGAUGUCCAACUAUACUACGAACUGACAAUGGUACAGAAAAUGUUAUUAUGGCUGCUAUGCAGUCAUACUUUCGAUGCAAUGGGGACGAUGAAUAUGCUGGUGAAAUAGCACACAGAUAUGGUACAUCACCAUCAAAUCAACGCAUUGAAUGUUGGUGGUCAUAUUUACGUAAAAACCGCUCAAAUUGGUGGAUUAACUUUUUAAAAGAUCUUGUAGAAGCAGGUCAUCUUAGUUUAUCCAAUCAGCUACAGAAAGAGUGCUUGUGGUAUUGUUUCCAUCAACUUCUACAAAGAAGAUCUAUCUUCAGUUCAGCUGCACUGGAAUUCUCAUUACAUUCGAAAGUCAAGAUUUGAUACUAUUUCCGGGAGACCAGACGAGUUAUACUUUCUUCCCGACUGCUCAGGUGGUAGAAAUUACAUAAAAUCUGUCACAGAUGAACAAUUUGAUGAUAUGUCUCAGUAUUGCCAUGAAUAUAAUGAAGACAAUUUGUAUAAAGAAUACUUUGGUGAGAUUUUCGAGCAACUUCAUUUAGGUGAACCAACGAAUUGGAGAGAAUGUUUGGAUCUAUAUAACAGGUUAUGCGAAAUUGCAGAAGGCUAG